AUGAAGCCGGGCAGCCUCGCCGUCGCGUACGCAGCCUUCUGCCACAAGAAGACGACCGAGCCGAUUCCCGAGGCCAAGACGAUCUUCGAGAAGCAUGGCGUGCUCGUGCAUGUCGACAACCUCGACCCGGAAGAGCUGCGUGUCCUCUUUGACUUUAUUGCCAAGACGACGACGCUCCAGCAUGCGCGCGUCUUUCUCGGGCGCGUACCCAUGAAGCGAGCACUGCGCACCAAGCUCCUGCGCAUGGGCUUGGACGAGCCGUACGCGACGCAGCCUCCUGGGCACAUGCGCAUCGUGCGCAGCCUCAGCUCUAUGCUGCUACAUUCCACGAGCCUCGUGUCCUUGGACCUGAUUGGCGUGCCCAUUGCGAGCGAGACGGUUCCGGACCUCGCCAAGGGACUCAAGGCAGCCACGACGCUCGUGUCCAUCGACUUGUCCGAGUCCAAGCUCGGCGACGCAGGCCUCGACCAGCUCGAAGACGCCUUGGCGACGCAGCCCCAGUUGUUGCACCUGAGUCUGGCAUCGUGCGAGCUCAGCGACAAGAGCGCCCGCGCCCUCUCGCGCAUCCUGCGCGUGCAAUGCCAGCGCCGGGACGAGACGUACUGGAGCACGACGCUGCGCGGCCAGACGACGCCAGUCCAAGGCGAGGGCUGCAUGCUCCUCAGCGUCGCCUCGAAUGCGCUCAGCGAUGCGACGACCGAGGUGCUCUGCCAAGCUCUCUACAACGACAACUGGCUGUACGGUCUCAACUUGGCCGAAAAUGAAAUCGGACCCCGGGGCGUCUUGAACCUCGCCGAGGCGCUCCAAACCAACAGCACGCUGACGGUGCUCAUGCUCCACGGCAACAGCGCGACCGAUGCCCGCGUCACGACGUUCGUCGACCGGAUGCUCCAGGACCGCGUCGAGCGUGCUUCGUCAUCGAUGCACCACCCGAUGGAACACCCUCUGCUCAAGCGCGUGCUGCAGCAGUGGCGAGGACCGGCACCAACCUCCGUAGCCCCCACCGUCGUUCGCAAAAAAGUACAGCGCCGCCCACCGUCACCACCAAUGCCAUCGUCGUCGUCGUUGCGGCCGCCACCGGCACCGACACCGACACCGACGCCGGUGCGGAGACCGCAACUCUCGGCGCGCAAGGUCACGUCCAUCUACGCGGGCACGAACGGAAGAGCGCAAAAAAGGAAGCCGACACCGACCAAAGCGCGCAAGGUGCCACGACACGAGUCGCCGAGUCUGCCACCACCGCCACCGCGAGUGGGGCCCGCGGAAGCGUCGGCGCUUGACUUACUUGUGGGGGCAAGUCCGCGCUUUUUGAGCUCCAACCAAGACGACUCACUCCCACCGCCCAGCGCACUGGACCGUCGCACGUUUGCCAAGCUGAUGGCCAAGAUCGAGUCCCUGGAAGCUGCUCAGGCGAGUGCCCAAGCCCACAUUGACCGCCUCGAGGCAGAGAACCAACGCCUCAAGCAGCAAAAGGCGCGCCGGCCGUCCGUCGAAGCCAGCAUCAUCUCGGAGCUCGAAGCCGCCAUCAUUCGCUUGACGACGCAGGUCCAGUACCUCGAGGCAGUGCGGGACGAACCGCCCCACGACGUCAACCACGCGACCAAGAUACCGGACGCAGUGGUCGACGAUUUGGCCGCACAGCUCAAGCUCAGCUUUGGAUUAACACCCUAG